UUAUGUAUUUUAAAUAGAAUAUAAUAGCAUGCCACCUACUUUGUAAUAAUCAUAAUAAACAAAGUCGACUUUCUAGUUUAUUGGAAAUAAUUAAGCAGGUCCAAUCUCUAUAUAAAUGCCCCCAUAGAAGCAAGUGUUACUUCACAUCACCACUCUCAAAUAUAUUCCAAGAGUCCUUAACAGCGAUAUUAAUUAGUUUUUCCUUUUUUUCUGUUUUCUUUUUCUCCCAUUUUUCUUCCAAUGGAAUCGUCUAUGGGUCAAAAGAAAACAUUGUACGCUUGUAUUUUCUUAAUGAUGGUGUUUUUUCUAGGGUUCAAUUGCGGCCAUGGACGAACCCUAAAAGUUGAUGAUAAGAUUGAUGGUGGUCACGAUGAUAGCAAGACGAUGAUGGCAUUGGCAAAGCACAAUGUUAUGAUGGUUGAUGACAAGACAGUGCAGUUCUCGCCGCCACCACCACCACCAUCGCCGUCACAAUCGGGAGGUAAAGAGGCUGAAGAUUUCAGGCCUACAACCCCGGGCCACAGCCCUGGCAUUGGCCAUAGUUUAUCCCAUAAUUAAUCAUUUUCAUGCAAUUUCACAUGUGUAUAUGUGUUGUGAAGUCAUGAUUUAAUGUUGUUCGUUUUAAUUUUUCUUAAACUCGUUUCGUGGAAUAAAAUGAUUUAUGUUUUUUUCAA